UUCCAAAUAAGUUUCCUAACUACAAAUAUAAAAGGCAAUCUUCCGUUUUUAAGCACUAUAAACCAUAUAAACAUUCUAACUUAAGCGCUACGAAACUGCAAUGAAUCUCGGUGGGACAUUACGAAUUAACAAGUUCGCUUGUUUCACAUUGGCUUUUGUAUUAUUUCUGAUAAUAUACUGGCGAUCCGGAACAUCUAGCUAUCCUACAGAGAAGAGUCACUUAGUUAAUUUAAAGAGUUUAUUAAAAGCCGCUAUCUUAGCCGCCGAAGGAGGAGGCAAGAAAGUAUUGGACGGAAAAAAUCAUAUUUUGAAUGUUAAGAGUAAGGGUAAAACUUUGGAAGGCGCCAACGACCCUGUAACUGAUGUUGAUUAUGCAUCGCAUUGCGCUAUGUAUUAUGGUUUAAAACACACUUUUAAUAAUAUCGAUGUGGUCUCUGAGGAGCAUUCGAAGAGUGAUAGUAGCUGCGAGGAGGUGCCUGCUUUCGACUUGGAGCCCGACAUCCCCGGGAAUCUGAACAUUGAGCAAAUGCUUGAUGAGCUUGUGCUUGCUAAAGAUGUUGUUGUUUGGAUCGACCCAUUAGAUGCCACCCAGGAGUAUACAGAGAAACUGUACCAAUAUGUUACAACAAUGGUAUGUGUUGCUAUAAGAGGAGUGCCAAUAAUAGGAGUCAUCCAUUAUCCAUUCACACAGCAAACAUAUUGGGCAUGGUAUACUAAGAAAACAUCAGCUAAUAUGCCACUUGUACCGCAUAAAGAAGAAAACAGGGAACAUCCUAGAGUGGUAAUUUCUCGAUCACAUCCUGGAAAAGUUGCCACUGUAGCCAAAAGUGCUUUUGGAGACAAGUCCAAUGUUUCCAAAGCUGCUGGAGCAGGAUUCAAGGUAAUGGAAGUUGUGAAUGGCACUUACGAUCUUUAUCUUCAUGUAACUACUAUUAAGAAGUGGGAUAUUUGUGCUGGAGAUGCCAUUCUAAAAGCCGUUGAUGGCAAAAUGACCACAAUGAAAGGUGAUAACAUUGAUUAUUCAGCAGAUGGCCAUGUUGCAGUGACUGAUGGUAUUUUAGUUACAAGGUAUGAUCAUGAUUAUUACUUGAAGAAAAUGCCUUCAAUAAUUCACUCCAUGCAUUGAAAGGGAAGAAAACUCAAGGACUAAUUAAUUAAUGGAACUUUGAAGUCAGUUAAGUGAAGUUGUGACUUAAACAAUUUUAUGGGUUAGUGAAAAAAUGUUGUAGGUGUGUUGUAAAUUAAUUUUGGAGACUAGGGUGUAUCGCAACUGGUCCAGAAACUGAAAAGUGGAUACCUUAACCUCUUAAAACAUUCAGGUAAAACCAAAUAAUAAAAUAGGUUGAGCGGUCAUUUUACUAAUUAAAAGGUGUCUUGUGAGCCCUCAAGGGUAGGCAGCCUACCAUCAUUUUACUAACCAUACAUACCAAAUCGGUAGUAGGCUACCGCCAGCUCGACUACUUUUGCUGUGGAGCAGUAAUGCAUUUCAGAUUGAAGGGUGUUUGCUGUGGGUAUGUGGCUUAGAUGGGUGGACAAGCUCACAGCCCACCUGGUGUUUAGUGGUUAUUGGAGCCCAUAGAGAUUUACAACUUAAAUGCGCCACCCACCUUGAGAUAUAAGUUCUAAGAUCUCAGUAUAGUUACUGUUUUACUGUAAAACUGAUACUUUGAACUCUUGUCUUAAGGUGAGUGGCGGCACUUAUAUUUAAAUAUUCAUUGGCUCCAGUAACACUAGGUUGGCGGUGAGCUCGUCUACUUAUCUAUGCAAUAAAAAUUGUAAUGACUAUACCUAUAUACUAUAUUAUUGAUAUCUGAAUCUCAUGUGUAAGGUAGGUAUAGGUAUAGCUAUAGUCUCCGGUGACAACUCAAAUCCAGUGUGCACAGUUGCGUUUUUUUUUUUUUUUUUUUUUUUUUUUCCUACCUAAGCUGAUAGCCCUAGCGGCUAUGUCAGCGUAACCCUAACUUUAGUAGGUGAGCUCACGGGGCUCAAACCUGACGAUGUUGCUAACACGAACCCUAGCAAGAGCAGUGCUUCGCAGAAUCUACCACCGGAUCGGAAACGCGACCCACUGAGAAGAUCCGGCGAGAAACUCAGUGGGCUGUGUCUGAGAGUUAAUUUACUCGUCGAGCCCUUCGUCGCAAGCGACGGGUUCGACGAGAACGGUGACCGGUGCUUGAAGUACCUAAAAGCACCGUUAGUGGAUCAGGAGGAUCCGAGAUGACGUGUUUUGGGCGACGUCGACUGCUUUCCAUUCUGUCCGCAGGAUCGGGAAUGUAGUUACCGGCGGCCACGAUGAGAGGGUUCUCGUGUCGUGCCGCUUUAUCGAAGUGGCGCAUGGACGCCGACUGUAUAUACUUACUGAUGGACUCUAAGUCCAGGUCGUCAUGGAGGUCGACGUUCCUGACGAACCACGGGGCUCCGACGGCUAUCCUGCAAAAACGGGAUUGAAUGAUUUGGAAGGAUUUUAAGUGUAUGCGGGCCGCGUGAGCGAACACUACACUUGCAUAGGUCAUGACGGGGCGUAUGCAAGUUUUGUAGAGUGUCACCUUAUUUCUAAGGGAGAGUUUUUUUACGUUCUCGAUAGCCAUAUAUAAGCGAUCGAACAGCGCCCCUAGCGGCAAACGUAGGCAAACGUUCCAACUCCAUACAAAUUAGAGCUAACUUUUACGCUAUCAAGAACGUUAAAUAAAACCGCAACUAUGCACACAGGUGAACGUUGAGCUCGUUCAUUUGUCUUUGUAAUAAAUAAAUAAAAAAAACUAUAUUUUAAUCUUCGAACUUUUAAUUGAAGCCCGCACGCAUUCUAUUCGCCUUCAAGAUUGAUUUGAUAGGUUAAAUAAAAUGUUAACGUAUUAAAACUGAAAUUAGAUGAGUACAUGAAUAUUUUAUUAUUUUCUGAUUAGAUGAAGGUAAUCCAAACCUCAGUUUCGGAAACUAUUGCAAUUACUUAAAUACCUUCAUUUGACUCUAGUCUGAAUUUGUAAUGUAAUAGAGAAAUAAAUUAUAUUGAACUUCAUUUUGUGAUGUCGGUAUUAAAUUUAAUAUCAUUUUGAAUCAGGGUUGCUAAUUUUAUAUCGAUUCUAAUUCUAAUAAAAAAUGUACAGAUUGUUUUAAUAAAGUGAUAGUUAUUUAAAUUUGAUAUUUGUUUUGUUCCUUGAAAAUGACAGCAUAAAGUUCUUAAUUGAGUUAUAAUUCAAAAUAAAAAUAAAAUAUUUCAAAAUAACACUGUAUGUAAUAUACCGUAAAACGGGGUGAACACGCACGAUCCAUAGCUUUGGAUUCGAUUGUUUACAUUUUUUUAAAAGGCUGAAAUAAAUAUUAACAUCAUUUUCAAAUGAGUCUAAUUGUUAUUUUAUAAUUUUAUGUGUUUUAAUUAUCUGAAUGAUGAUUACUGGGUUAAUAGAAACGGCAUAGGGGGUGAAUAGAAAAAAAUGCUAGGCUUGUUACAUACUAGAUUCCUUUAAAAUCAAAAAUUAGUGGGUAUCAUCUUAAAUAUUUUUUUAGAAACGAUCUCGAUAGGUAAAGUAGGUAGGUACCUACUAAUUGUUCGAUUCCAUUCAUUCCGGGUAUUUUUGCAAACUUGAGAAUGGUGGUAUGCUCUAGGUUUUAUACUCACUUCUAGAGGCGUCUCCAGCCUAUGUAACGCGUGCGUAAUAAUUACUCUAGCGCCCUUUAGUAAGCGGGCGGUAACGAAAAUGUUUUGUCAAUAUCAUAAAGUGAAAACAAAAAUAGCUUUCAUACUAAUUUCGCUCCAAUCUGGCUAAUGGCUAUAGGUCCAGUACCUAUCAUCUCAUUCAGAGUACGACAAGGUGACCUCAUGGCGCUCAAACCUGGCGACGUUGCUAAUACCACCUCUAGCAAGAGCAGUGCUUCGCAGAAUCUAUCGCCGGAUCGGAAACGCGACCCGCUGAGAAGAUUCGGCGAGCAACUCAGUAGACUGUCUGUGGGUUAUAACUCGCCGAACCCUUCAUCGCAAGCGACGGGUUCGACGAAAACUGUGACCGGUGCUUGCGGUACCUAAAAGCACCGUUAGUGGAUUGGGAGGAUCCGAAAUGACGUGUUAAGGGCGACGUCGACUGUUUACCGUUCGGUCCGCAGGAUCGGGUAUUAGGAUAAUAAUCAUUCACUAAUUAAAGCACAGUGAUCGACCGGCGGCGACUGCUUCCGCCCUGCCCGCAUACAUUCCCCUCAAAGACUCGCGAGGGAUAACAAAUAGGGAUGUGCGUGAUAUAAUAUUUUUAAUUUAAUCCAGGUUAUAAACGAUCUUUUGUUAUUUUCAAACCCGUUGCACUAUUGUAGCGACUGAGACUGACAAACAUUGAAAUAUACAAAUUUUCACGUUUAUAAUAUUUAUGUUGAUGUAAUAAUAAUAUUGUGCUGUAAUUAAUAUAGUUGGCGCUCCGCUAAAUAUCUUUAUUAUCUGUGAUAAAAAUAUAUUGUAUUUUUAUCGUCAUUUGCGUUACUUUUGGCCAUUGGUUGUGUUAAAAAUGUGAAUGUAUAAUGUAAUUAGAUCUUAAAAAGUUCGAACUUAGAUUAAAUGUUAGCUGUAAAUACAUAAAUUUAUAAUACCUAUUGUGUUUUCUUAUUAUGUACAAAAUUAACAACAGCCUAGUAUAAAGUAAAUUUAUUUAUCUCUGAAUAAAUUAAAUUAUUAUUUUUUCAUUAUUCAUGUUUUUUUUUUGUCACGAAUCAUCAGUUUAAUGUCAACUCCAUUGAACUUCAUACUUUUUAUUCAAAACGAUUUUAUGUAUACCUACCAAUUUACUAGUACUAUCAGAUAUAUGAUAUUUGUAAUAAUAAGCUUAAAGUAGAUAAAAACAUUUUUAAGAAAAAUAGGACAGUUAACCGUUGAGUGGUACUUGUACAAAACAAAAAGUUUUUAGUAAUUUUAAUCAUUUAGUUUAAGUUUAUUAAAGUUAUUGUUUUCAAUUUCCAUAAGUUUAAGAUAGAAAAAUAGAUCAUAUUUUUGUAUUCCAUCGCAUCUAUUCUAAAUCAGGUCAAAAAUGCAAGCGUCAAUUCUUUUGUUUCCAUUGGUUCCAAUAUGAAUAACAUAAAAUAAAACAAAAAAAUCACAUUGAAACA